AUGACAAAAAAGGAGAAAAAGAAACAAAAGCAAGCAGCUAGAGAAAGGCAGAGGAAAUGCAGAGCAGCCAAAAAGAUAAGUAAUUCUACAAAAAUUUCAAGUUUGAAUUCUUCUAUUGCGACUACCCCAGAAUGUUCUCCUUAUACAGUUCCCCAGACACUUGGCAAAGCAGUUAAAAAAACUUUGAAAGCCUUACCAACCUCACCUCGAAAACGAAUGGCUGUAGUCAGCAAUUUAGUGGAAAAGAGUGAAGAAAAAGACUUGCAAGAGGAUGUUUUCGGAGUGACAGACAAAAGAUAUCUGAAAGGAGAUACUGGUGUAUCCGAUGGCUAUGAUCAUGGAGGAGGCGAAGAUGAUCUUCUACAUCAAGAUGGGCUCAGCCAACAUUACGUAAAUGAAACAUUUGCUUCAAUUAAACAAGGAAAAAUCAACUUGCAUAGAUCCAAAAGAAUGACAUGGAUAGAGGAUUAUGAAGACUUAAGUAUAUUGGAAUAUUACAAAAACAGGAGAAGACCCGAUUAUGAUAAUGAAGAGGGAAUUACACCGGAUGAUAAUGGAAAAAGGAGAAGGUACAAUAAAAAUAGAAGGAGACACAAUAAUAGCAAAAGCAGCAGGAAAACUCCAUAUUUUGACAACAACUGUCAAAUAUGUGGAACGAUGACGAUCGGAGGCAGGCAUAUGAGGAAGGGGUCAUUAAGUCGUGUGAUCAACGGUCGAAUUGUGCAACCUAUGUACAAAUAUCCUUGGGUUGUCUCCUUUAAUGUCCCUGGAAUAGGUAUCUACUGCGGUGGCGCCAUCAUUUCAGCAAAUUUUGUACUUACAGCUAGUCAUUGUCUAGUACACCACGAGAGAGGAGAAACCCCUAGAUGUGCGAAGGAAAACCCUCCACCCCAAUAUUGUUACUUCAAGCCAAACGAAGCAACAAUAGGUCUGUUAUCUUGGCGACACUCGGACAAGUUAAGGAUAGUCCGAAUUGCGCAGAUUAUUCCCCAUGAGCAGUUCGACAAUGAAAAGGUCCUUAAUGAUAUCGGACUGAUCAGGCUGGCUGCUCCGAUACAAUGCAAUCAACUCUCGUCGCCCAUUUGCUUGCCCACAAGAGAUCUCAAGAAUUUGGGUGGUAUGCUAGUAGUAGCCGGGUGGGGUUACAACACUGAAGAAGGAAGAAUGGGUCCAGAUGUGUUGAGGGAAGGCCUAAUGCAGCAGGUUAAACCCACGGUUUGCAAGCGAUUGUCUAAGCCCUUCUUCAACGACGUCAAGGACAUAAUUUGUACUGUCGGGGCGAAAAGCAUGCAGUCUGCAUGUCAUGGAGAUUCAGGGUCUUCCACUUUUGGAGAAUUUGGCCAUAAAGUCUACACUUUAGGUAUCACAUCUCGGCAUUCAAAAGAAAACUGUGAAUCCGACAUGCCUGAGCUGCUAUAA